AUCGCAUUUGACCGUUUUUUUUGGCCCUCUACUUCACCGUCCGCAUCCUGAAACAAUACCGUCCAACCCGGGCCGUCGUCGCCUUCGACGUCCCUGUCAUGGCCUGCCUGAUUUGUCCAGAUAGAGGAAAAGAACAAUGAGAAAGAUUUAGUGACUAUGCCCUGAGCUGCUGUCAUUCCUGCUUUUCUGUCACUCCCUCCUUUCGUUUCUAGUCGAUCGUUUCAGCUGCCAUCGUGCUCUCGGCGCUAUCACUCUUUUACGCGCCUGUGGCCUCAUAACCUGAAAGUCUCUCUUUCUUGCAAUUAUACCAGACGUUUAUGCAGUCUAUAUCUUUAAAGCCUUCGGCCUUGGAUCCAGCAAACUUGCAUUGCGCUAUUCGGCCUGCGGGCUUGGCGACAUGUCCAUGCCUAGUGCUUGUCUGCUUCUUCAGAAUACCAGGUGCACCAGGUUCCCACAAGAGUCCAGCAUUGCUGUGCCCUCGGGGGCACCUUCGGCAAUAACCAGCUUGUCAUGGCCGGCAGCAGGAACUCACAUCGCCGUCCCGAACACGGAUGCUUCGUCGUUGAUCGACAAUGAGACUGUCCCAGCAUAUGAUCCGAUUGCAACCCGCACACAUUCUCAAAAUUCACUUGAAUAUCCUGCGCAGACCGCAGCAACGCGGCUGUCGCAGGCUCCAGCCGCGAUUUCUACAGAUAUGCUUCCCAGUUCCGUCGCAACCACCGCGACAACAGAUAGUCUUAGUGCUUUCACAACCUCAUACCUUCCUAGUGUUCAACAUGAACACGUCCCACUGUCUUCGCAAACGAGCACCCAAACUCCGAGUCUCAGCUCCAGCCAACUCGUGCAACCAUCGUCGACGGAGCACUCUGAGUACUUGCUUGGUGCAGCCAGCCUCAUCACAUCAGCGCCCCAGACGUCUUUAGCAAUCAGUACUGCAUCGACAGCCAUACCUACCACGACGGAUGUGACUUCCAGCAACCACACCACUUCAGCAGAUCCCGUAGAUUUCCCCCACGACUCUAGCUCCAACACCCCCUUACGUACCAUCUUGGGCAGUGUGCUAGGUGGACUGGCCUUCGUGGCGCUCGCUUUAGUCUUAGGUUAUUACUUCAUGAGCUCGAAGCGACGCACUGGUCGAGGCUCGCCGAGCCUCGGCACAGGUGAGGAAGGUUUUACGGCGGAAAAGAUACCUACUGUGGCACUCCCAGGUGGUGCUUCUUGUCCAGGGUACCAAUCGCGCCGGUCCUUUCUUUCCGAAUCCUCCUCUUCUGUCCGCUCACUCCCCAUUCACGUGGCCAGAGUCCCCGUCUCCAAACCCGAAUACACCUACUACGACCCCCGCUCUUCCGCCAUCCCCCGCGCUGCAAACGCUAAUCCAUUCGUCGAGCCCCUCGAAUUCACCUACAAGUCGACGUCAUCCCGUGGAACGACCGUUCAAUGCGACCGAGUGAUGCGCAACCCUUUCGCCGACCCCUAUCCCAGCCCGGGAAUCGUAUCGCCCACCACCUCCACCUCCACCUCCACCCACCUGCGCCGAUCGCAGAUGUCCCAGCAGCAACGCCCCGUGUCCAUUGCCUGGGGUGGCUCCGUCUACAGCGGCGGCGACGUCAGCCUGGGCAGCACGCUCAUCCUCCCGAAUGGCCGCAGCAGUGCCGGAAGCAGUCUCCUCAACCGCCUCAGCUACCCGUUCACCGUCAACGAGCUCUCGGACGCCGGGGGUGGCGAGGGGUAUUAUGAUCCGGGCGCGCGGGUCAGCACGCGCAGCGACCCAUUCGAUCUGGAAUAUCCAGUCAAGGCGGCGGUCAUGCAUCGUCGCAGUUCGACGACCAUCCCGCUCGCGCAGGUGUAGUACUCAGUAAGAUCUGAUUCUCGGGGAUUCCGUAUGACUGGAUGUGUAUAAUGAUAUGACCGAACCG